CAAAAUUCAAUCUCCUUCAAUGGAUAAUUGGCUCAGUCAGUUUGGCGACCUAAUUCUCUCAACUGCAUUAGCUCUACUCUUCUUCGUUUCCAUCUCAUACUGGAUCCAGAAGCCCCGGAAACAACGGCUGACAUCAUCAGCUCCGGUGGCCUCCGGCGCAUGGCCGGUGAUCGGCCACCUCCCCGUCCUCUCCGGCCGGCAGCUCCCCCACCACGCGCUGGGCUCCCUCGCCGACAAACACGGCCCCAUCUUCACCCUCCGCCUCGGCCGCCGCCAAGCCCUCGUAAUCAGCAGCUGGGAGCUCGCCAAGGAGAUAUUCACCACCAACGACGCCGCCGUCUCCUCCCGGCCGCCGCUCACCGCGUCGAAGCUCCUCGGCUACGACUUCGCCAUGUUCGCCUUCACCCCCUACGGGCCCUACUGGCGGGAGAUGAGAAAGAUCACCGUCCUCGAGCUCCUCUCCGUCCGCCGCCUCGAGCUGCUCGGCCACGUGCGCGCCUCCGAGCUCGCCACGUCGAUGAAGGAGCUGCAUGGGAAAACGACGUCGUCGUCGUUGGUGGAUUUGAAUCAGUGGGUUUCCGACCUGAGCCUCAACGUCGUUCUCCGGAUGGUUGCCGGGAAGAGGUACUUCGGGUCGGGCGCGAUGGACGGCGGGGAGGAAGGAAUAGCCACCGCGCGGCGGAUGCAGAAGGCGGUGAGGGAGCUUUAUGAGUAUCUGGCGAUGUUUGUGGUGAGGGAUGUUUUCCCGUCGCUUGGGUGGGCUGACAUCGGCGGUUAUGAGAAGGUGAUGAAGAGGAUCGCGGCGGAUAUGGACGGGAUACUUCAGGAUUUGCUGGACGAGCACAAGCGAAAGAGGGCGGCGGCAAGCGGCGGCGCCGAUGGGAGUGGCGGUACUGAUCAGCGAGAUUUCAUGGAUGUUUUGCUUUCUCUUCUCGACGGAGCGGAUGAGGUUGGUGGGUAUGAUUCCGACGCCGUCAUCAAAUCCACAGUCUUGGCUAUGAUCGCCGCCGGUACCGACACCGCCACGGUGACCGUAACGUGGGCCAUCUCCCUCCUGCUCAACAACCGCCACGUCCUGCUCCGCGCACAGAAAGAACUCGACGACGUCGUUUCCAAGGACAGGAUCUCACCCACCGACGACGAGCUCAACAACCUCGUCUACCUCAAAGCCAUCGUCAAAGAGACACUGCGGCUCUACCCGGCCACGCCGCUCUCGUCUCCCCGCCAGUUCACGCGCGACUGCCACGUGGGCGGGUACCCGGCCCCGGAGGGCACGUGGCUGAUAGUGAACCUGUGGAAGAUCCACACGGAUCCCGAGGUGUGGGCGCCCGACCCGAUGGAGUUCCGGCCCGAGAGGUUCCUGACGGCGGCCCACCGUGACGUGGACGUGCGGGGGAGCGACUUCCACCUCAUGCCGUUCGGCAGCGGGAGGAGAGGGUGUCCGGGCGUGAACUUCGGGCUCCAGAUGAUCCACCAGAUCCUGGCGAGUGUGCUGCACGCGUUCGAUGUCUCGAGUAAGGAUGGUGCGGACGUGGAUAUGACGGAGAGCUUUGGGCUGACCAACGCCAAGGCGACGCCGCUCGAGGUCCACGUGUCGCCCCGGCUGCCGGCGGAUCUUUACUGAAUCGGUGAUUUACUGAUGGUUUGUUAACGAUCUUAAGAAACCAUGUAUUUAAGAACGUACAUGCUGAAUCUAAGAAAAACGGAAUACAUGUUAGAAAAAUAAUGUAUUUUGUAUGCGUUGGUUGUAAGAAAAAUUUGUUAUAUGUGUAAGAAUACAAGUGUUUUUUACAUAAUUUUCAUAUAAUAAUCGAUAUUGUGUUGAAAGCGACACACAAAUAA